CACGGAUCUCGAAAUGUGGGGUUUAGAAUUUGAGCCCAAGCCUGACUCUCUCCUGAUUUACUAUUUGUUCGACAAGCUCAUCGGAAAGCCACUUCCAACGGCGGAGAUGAUCAAACACCUUGUCUCCGGGAAGAAGAAUUUUCCGGAUCCCACUUUUAUACCGCCAGAAAACUUCUCUUUUCGAUCGGAAAAGAACAAAGCGUUCUUUUUUGUUCCAUUGUGGAUGAACAGGCUGAUCCUUCCCCGAGGUUCACUGUUCGGGGAGCCUUUGGCGGUUUUCUAGUGAGAAGAGUGUUAACCAUCUUCACAAUGGUGAAGAAGUUUGUAUCGGGACUGCAAGAACCUUUAUCUCUUUUAAGAAUAUAGAAGAGGAGGGUGGUUAUGAGAUGGUUGAAUAUAAGCUUCUGAACUCUGAGGCCCUUGGAAUCGAUCCAAGAUUGAUACAAUCAAGACCGUUCAAUGAUCUGCUCCAACUCUACUCCAUCGUUACCAUUACAUGCCAUGACGGCAAUUUGGAGAAGAUCAAGAAGGGUAUCGUGGCCCCUGCGCUGCUUACUGGUGGAGGUCAUCAGAUUAUUCUGCCUCCCGAUGCUGACAUUGGAGCCAAGGGAUCCAUUGCCCCACUUAUCGACUACAUCUCGGGCAACCCGGACAGCCCAGCUCCAAGUUCCGCUCCUCAACUUGGAUUAUUUGGACUGGAAACAGAUUCCAUUCUUGCACUCACCACAGGUGCUGCUGGGGAAGCUUCCACCUCCUAAUUCAGCAUGAGUGGCGCCCAAUUUUCACUCUUACUUCUGCUAAUUUGGAAAUUUGCAGUUUUCUUUGCUACGAACUUUUUUGCUGUAAUCAGACAUGUUUUUCAAUUUUGUUUUGUUGUUUGCUCGAUUCAUGUCUUUUGUGUUCUGCAUGCUUGAUUGUGUUUGUGUAGCAAGAUAAGAAAACUAUGAAUUUGAAACCA